CGCUCAUUCCGCGCUGGGAGUCGCCGCAGCCGCCACUAUUUCUGUGGCCGCCGCCUAGCGUCUUCGCGCUCCUCCCUUUCCUCCUCCUCUUUCUCCUCCUCCUUCGAGUCUCAGUCACGGCGACCUGCUCUGCUCACGGGCAGAAAACUAAGACUUAAUUUGCUCUUCUCUGGAGUCAUAUGUGCCUAGGUGACUCUGCAACUUGAUGGACGACGACAGCCCUUUUCAAUCAAAAAAUAACUCAAAAAUGGCAGAACUCUUUAUGGAAUGUGAAGAAGAAGAGCUGGAACCAUGGCAGAAAAAAGUAGAAGAAAUUCUGGAUGAAGAUGAUGAUGAUGAGCUGAUUUUUGUUGGAGAGAUAUCAAGUUCAAAACCAGCCAUUUCAAAUAUUUUGAACAGAGGUAACCCCAGCUCAUCUUCAAAGGGAAUAAAGAAUGAGACAGUCACUCAAGGUGUUACUGAUCCAUUCAAACCUACCAGUCAACACUAUAAAGAUCCAACAUCAAAUCCAGUGGCUGCCUUGCCUAGAUUUCAUCCUGAAUCUAAGUCUUCACAGAACUCUGUUAUUGUUCAGAACGUGUCUAAACCUGAUUUUACAAAGAAUUCAUCACAAGUUGAAUCGGAUGAUUCUUCAGAGUUACUAUUUGACUUGACCCAGGAUACAAUUCCGCUGUCCCAAGAGGGAUCAACAAUUUAUAUCGAAGGUAUAGAUGAAACUCUGCCUAUAUUAAAACGUUCUUCUGCUUCUAAAGUAAACAGUGUUACUUCAAAAAAGCCAAAGACCAGCGAAAGUGUUUCUGAUAUAAGUCCUUGUGCUUCAUUGUCUCUAAGUAACUCUCCUCCAGUGACAUCUUCCCAUGUUAUGAUAUCAAAAGGUACAAAUACCUCAUCAGCUCACUAUAAAACUGGAACACCUUUUUUAAGAUCCUGUCCAAAGUGCAAUGUAAAGUUUAAUCUUCUGGAUCCUUUGAAAUAUCACAUGAAGCGUUGUUGUCCAGACAUGGUAAAUAAAUUUUUGGAAAUGAUUAAAGCAGAACUUGCUAUUACUGAAAAUAAAAAAAACGGUGCAGAGAAAGGAAAAUUGAUCAUGUUAGUUAGUGACUUUUACUAUGGAAGACAUGAAGGAGCUAUUGAUGAUGAACAGAAGACUUACACAACCUUUAAAUGCUUCAGUUGCUUGAAAGUUCUUAAAAACAAUAUUAGGUUUAUGAACCACAUGAAGCACCAUUUGGAACUUGAGAAGCAGAACAGUGAGAGCUGGGAAAACCACACUACCUGCCAGCACUGUUACCGUCAGUAUCCCACACCAUUCCAGCUGCAGUGUCACAUUGAGAGUACACACACUCCCCAUGAGUUUUCUACUAUUUGCAAAAUCUGUGAAUUAUCAUUUGAAACAGAGCAUGCUCUUUUGCAACAUAUGAAGGAUACUCAUAAACCCGGUGAAAUGCCAUAUAUUUGCCAGGUGUGCCAGUUUAGAUCAUCAACAUUUUCUGAUGUAGAAAGUCAUUUUAGAGCAUCUCAUGAAAACACUAAGAACUUGCUAUGUCCAUUUUGCCUCAAAGUUAGUAGAAUGGCAACUCCCUACAUGAAUCAUUACAUGAAGCAUCAGAAAAAAGGAGUUCAUCGUUGUACAAAAUGCAGACUACAGUUUUUGACCUGCAAAGAGAAACUGGAUCACAAGACCCAGCAUCGGACCUUUAUAAAGCCUAAAGAGCUAGAAGGAUUGCCUCCUGGUACAAAAGUUACUAUUCGAGCCUCAAUUGGACCGCUUCAUUCAAAACCAGUUACUUCAUCUCCCAGUAGUAGCGUUCCAAGCACUUCUUCUUUUCAGCUCUCACCUGCAAAGUCUAAAAGUACAACUGCUAAGAAUCCCACAAAAUCUAAUGCAAGUAAAUCUAAGGCAAGUAAGCCUCAUGCAACUAAACCUAAUGCCAGUAAGCGAGGUAGAGGUGCAUCUAAAUGCAAGACUAAAACCUCUUACAAGCAAAAGAAACAGCGCAACAGAAAGAAUAAAAUCAGCAUAGCUUUGAAGAACCUAAGGUGUCGUCGGGGAGUUCACAAGUGCAUUGAGUGUCAUUCCAAAAUAAAAGAUUUUGCAAGCCACUUUUCAAUAUAUAUCCACUGUAAUUUUUGCAAAUACAACACUAACUGUAACAAAGCCUUUAUAAAUCAUAUGGUGAGCUCUCAUAGCAACCAUCCGAGUAAACGGUUUUAUAUUUUUAAGAAGCAUUCUGGAACUCUCAGGGGCAUUACUCUAGUGUGCCUUAAAUGUGACUUCCUAACUGAUUCUUCUGCUUUAGACCGUAUGGCUAAACACUUGUGUCAACGCAAAACUCAUACUUGCCAAGUUAUAAUAGAGAAUGUUCCCGAAAGUACCUCAACUUCUGAACCCAAUUCUGAACCCAAUUCUGAACCCACUUCUGAGUGCUGGAAAAGACAGACUGAAAUCUCUUCCCUGGUGGAGCUUACAUUUCAGUGGUGGAAGACAAGACGUAAAAAUUAAGAAAAUUAAGUAGUAUGUUAGAUGAUGAUCAAUGCUAUGGAGAAAAAUAAAGUGGGCAAGGAGGAUGGUAAGUAUGGGCUGGGGUUGGGAGGUUGCCAUUUUAAAUGUGGUGAUCAGGAUAGGCCUCUGUGAGAAGAGGACAUUGAGUACAGACAUGAAGGAAGUGAGGAAGUGGGCCACUGGAUUAUCUGUUGGAAGAGCAUUCAAGAGAGAGAACAGCAAAUGCAAAAGUCCUGAAGGGAAAACUGGAACCCUCACACAUGGCUGAGGGGAACGUAAAAUGGUUCAGCAACUGCGGAAAACAGUUCAGCAGUUCCUCAAGAAGUUAAAACAGAAUUACCAUACAACCCAGGAAUCCUGCUCCCAGGUAUAUAUCCAAAAGAAUCUAAAGCAGGGACUCAGAUACUCAUACAUGCAUGUUCAUGGCAGGACUAUUCACAGUGGCUGAAAAGAGCCUAAGUAUCACCAACAGAUGAAGGAAUAAAUAAAUUGUAGUGUAUUCUUACAGUGGAGUGAUAUUGAGCCAUAAAAAGGAAUGAAGUACUGAUUCAUGCUACAAGGUGGAUAGACAUCAAAAACACGCAAGGUGAAAAAAGCCAGUCGUAAGAGAUCACAUAUUGUAUAAUUUCCUUUAUGCAUAAUAUCCAGAAUAGAUAAAUCCAUAGAGAUGGAGAGCAGUUUGGUGGUUGCCAGGGGUGGAAGGGGCAGUGGGGAAUGGGGAGUGACUAUUUAAUGGGUAUAGCGUUGACCUUGGGGUGUGAUGAAAAUGUUUAGGAACUAAAUAAAGAUAGUUAUACAACAUUGUGAAUGUACUAAAUGCCACUGAAUUGUUCACCUUAAGAUGGUUGACUUUUUAAUUUUUUAUUUUAAGGUAUGUGAAUCUUACCUUUAACAACAACAACAAAAAAAACCUUAAGCUUAGCAAAUUAGGAAUAUGAAAAAACCUUUUCAACCUAAUGUAAUAAAAAUCAGCUAACCUAACGAUGAAAGGUACAAGUCCUGAAGUAGGAUCUUGCCUACCUCAAGGAACAGCAACAAGACUGUUGGAGCUACAGUAGAGUGGGGGGCUGGACAGGGGAGGGUGUAGUAGGAGAUGGGGCCUGUGAGGUAAUGCCUCCUAGGCAAUUGUAAGGAUUUGGCUUUCAUUCAGAGAUAGGAAGCCAUUAGUGGAUUCUGAAUGGAGAAGUCUUUUCUACCUUGGUGAAAAAAAAAAAAAUCUCUCUCUCUCUUUUUUUUUAAGUAGGCUCCAUGCCCAGCGUGGACCCCAGUGCAGGGCUUGAACUCAUAACCCUGUGAUCAAAACCUGAGCUGAGAGCAAGAGUUGGACGUUUAACUGACUGAGCCACCAGGUGCCCCCACAAAAAUUCUUUAUUAUAGUCUUAACAUUAUCACCCUAGCUGCUGUCUUAAGAACAAGCUGCAGGGGACCAAGGGCAGAGUCAGGAAGAUGAACUAGGAAGCUAUUGUAAUAAUCCAUUUGGGAGUUAAUAGAGGUUUAAUUAGGAUGAUGAGAGUGUAGGUGAUAAGUGGCUCAAUUGAGGGUAUAUCUUGAAGGUUGAGCCAAUAGAAUUUGCUGAUGGCUUGGAUAUGAAGUAUUGGAGAAAAUGUGUUGUGGAUGGCACUGUCAUUAUUAGCCUAAGCAGCUGGAAAGGUGAUGACAUUAACUGAAACGGAGAAGACUAAAGGAGGAGUAGAUUUGGGAGGAAAGAUGAGGACUUUGAUUUGGGACAUGUUAGCAUUUGGGUUGCCUGAUAGAUAUCCUAGUGGGAAUGUCCCAGACAUCCUGAUGUGUGAGUUUGGAGUUUAGAAAAGUCCAGGCUGUCAGUAACCUUUAAAUUUAUUAAAGAGUCACAAGACUAUGAGAUCACCAAGGAAUAGAACAGGGAUAGAGAAAGGACAAGGUCCACAGACCGAGCUCCAGGGUAUGCUAACAAUAAGAGGUUAGAGAAAUGAGAGGAAAUCAGCAAAGGAGACUAAGGAGUGGCUGGUAUAAAUUAUUAGGAGAAAAUGAAUUCAGAGUGCCACAUACGACCAUCCCUAAGAGCAGAAACAGGGACUCUUUCAACAUUGAGAGAACAAAAUAUCCCAAUUACUCUUAGCCAUGGUUAACUCCCCUCCUGGACUCUUAUAAAAGUAACACUCUUCUAUUUGUCCAAAAGAAAGUAUCUAGAUCUGGAAUGAAUGUCCAUAAUUUAUAAAUGGUCUGCAGUGUAAAGGUGCCAUGGCCAAAUAAAUGUAGGAAAUACUGGAUUACAGUUGCAUAGAUUCUUUAUUAUGGGAUUGUUCAAGCUACAUGUGGUCUGUGGUUCUCUAGGAGAAUUUAGUGAGCACUUACUGGAUCCUGGAAUCCCCCCCCCGCCCCCGUCACUUAAUAACUUCUAAACAUUCAUCUCCAGAAGAUACAAUGUAGAGAAUGCUGACCUAGAUUAAUGUCUGAUUUUCUGAAUUGAAAAAUAAAAAAUAGUUGAAUGAGGGCAUUGACCAAGAUGAACUUCUAGACAUUUCAUUCAUGUUCAUGAGUCAUUUGUAAGGUGGCAUAUGUAGCUGGAGGCUAGUAAUAUCCAUUUUCAUAGUCUUAGAAAUCAUAUCAGGAAAAAAAUCAUAUGCUCAUUUUAAUGUCUGUAAGAUCUCAGAAAUACGUAACUGGAACAGACCAGUAAUUUUUGUUGGAGGGCAUUGUCAUCUUACAUCAUUUCAAACUCCAGAAGCUUCAGACUCUUACCGUAAUAAUGUCUAGCUUCUCUCUACAACUUAUGCUUAGCUUAUCUAUCCACCUACUUGCCUACUUUUCUUGAAACCAUUACUAUCUUCAGCCUAUUAUUAAGGAGUUUCUUACUCUGUAAAGUUUAUUUGCUGCUUAAACCGCUUCAAAAGAUCUUCCUUGAUACUAAGAUUAUGAGCUUCAAUACUGGACUCCAGAGUAAACCCUCCUUAUACCUUCAAGGGGCAAUGUGGUUGGGGGGGGCGCUAUGAGUCCAGGCUCUGCAGCAGACUGCCUAGGUGCGGUGGGGUUCCUACCCUACCAAUGACUAAAUGCAUGUGACUUUGAGCUCUGUGCCUCAUUUGUAAAAAUGCAAACGACAGCGGCUACUCAUAGGGCUGAGGGAAUUAAAUGACUUCAUAUCGUGUGUAUAGCAGUUGGAACGGUGAUUGGCACACAGGAAUAUAAGUCACCGUGGUUAAACUAUUGCUGUUAGCUCAUUACCACCCUUCCUGAUUUUAUUUUUCUUUUCAUUUUAUUCAGAUAGAAUGGACCUAUUCACCCUAUUUUUCUUUUAUUCAUUCAUUCAUUCAUUUAAUUUAUAGAAGAGCGUGUGUGCAAGAGCAGGGGGAGGGAGAAGGAGAGGGGAUCCCAAGCACACACUCUGCGAAUAUGGAACUGGAGGCAGGGCUCAAUCUUAACGACCCUGAGACCACAAUCCCAGCUGAAAUCAAGAGUCAGAUGUUUAACCAAGUGAGCCACCCAGACACCGCCACCCUGAUUUUCAUUAUGACCUUCCUACAGUCCUUUCUGGUAAUCUUCCUUCCUUGACCCACUGUGUCUUUCUGGAGAGUCAUUGGUGAAGCACAUAGUACUAAAGGUCGGUAUACUGUUAGAUUUGUCAUGUCUCAAGCUCACCUGAAUUCCAUUUUUAUGAAAUGUCUAUGAAUGCUCCUAAGUUCGCUUGAGUCAUAACUGCCUUUUUAAAUAGUAUUAAGGUAAUUUCCCUAAAUUAUCCUGCCUUUUCCUUGACCACAUCAUGGUUUGCCUCACACUCACACAUCUCACUUCUCUGAUUUUGAGGUCCUUCUGCAGCCUCCUGUCACUUUGUUUUUUGACUCCCCCCCGCCCCCGCCCGCCCAGAAAAGCUUGCUGUCCUCAACAAACUCAGAGAAGCCAAGGUGUAUCUCUUCUAUUGUUUGUAAUCCUUCACACUUAAAAUGCCAGUUUAUCCAUACUGCUGUGAUGUAUGCUCAUGUACAUAGAGCUAAGCCUUGAAAUAAGACAGUCUUGGGUUUAAAUCCCGAUUUUAUGUCUAACCAGUCGUGUAGCCUCAAACAACCUCGAGCCUCAGCUUUCUCAUCAGCGAAAGGUCUAUAAUGACGACUUCCUCACAAGUUUGCUAUAACAAUUAGAGUGUGUGUAUGUGUGUGUAGGAUUUGGCACUGGCUUGACAAAAAGUAGGCAUUUGAUAAAUGCUGCUGCUCCCACCACUACCACUCAUGUUAGUGCUCUUCCUGCAGCUAUUCCUGCUUUCGUUGCUGUUACUGCUAUUACCACUGCUGAGAGGAGACCCUGGAAGCUACUCGUCAGUGAAAUCUUCUCCUUGACAGUUUUCCUGGCAGUCCAUCCGCACUGUGGUUAUCUGGAACUUUGUGUUCUGUUCCCAGGUCUUGCAAUACAUUUCCCUGAACUGCUGGGUGGAGGCUGUUCUAUCGCAGCGCCUCAGUUACACGUGGUAUAAUUCCCCAACCUUGGGAAUGAGUGUAGUUCGCGUAAAGGCUAUGAAGUGACACUUCCUUGUUGAGAACUAGUUUAGCAUCCAGUCUGCUUUGGAGAAAAACAUGUCUUUUGGGAUUAGAGAAUCCUUUCCUUAUGGGAGGCUUUUUAGUAAUUAUUACUAGGAAUUCAUUUCCAGGAAUCUCGGCUACUUGUCCAAUACUAUUAAUUUUGCGGGAAAGUGUAAUUGUAGAUACCAACAGAAAAGUGGCCUUUUUCUUUUGUAGGACUUUGAAAUGAUUAAGAAGUUCCCUUUUUUCAGAGGUUAAAGAUAACUGUUACUCAGUCUUGGAAUUGCCCUGUUUGCCCCUUAUCUCCUUCCCACUUUCCAUCUUCUCCAGUAUAUCUACCUGACUAAAUUAAUUAUAAUGUAGAAGGAACAUUUAAGUUGUACAGGUUUCUUUUCUCCAUAAAAUUUUUGAGAAUAGAAUGGGAUAAUUCUAUCUAGCAAAUCUUCAGAGCCUUUGAGCAUAAGAAUUCUUUUAAGAUUUGU